AUGGGUAAAAGUAUUAACUAUGGUGAAGAUAAAUUACACUAUCGUGAAUUUAUUUUAUAUAAAUUUGGUUCAGCAUUUCCAGAAUAUCGUAUAGAUUUUAAAAGAUCAGCUGCAAAUGUUGGUACAUCCUCUGAUGCUCAAUAUGCUUUAAUCCAAUUUGCAGAAUUAUCAAGUGUUACUUCUAUUCUUAGUCAUCGUAAUCAUAUCAUCAAUGGUGUAUAUAUUUCAAUGCAAAAUUAUUAUUGUAAUAAAAAUAAACCUAGUUCAAUAGAAAAAUUAUCAAGUUUAACGUCGUUAACCGAACAAAAUCAGAUUACACUAAAUAUUGAUAAUAAUCAUGAUGAGAGAUCAAAACUAAUCAAUUACAAAAGAAUAAUGCGAGAAAACAUUACACUUAGACGUAAAAUAGAUGAUCUUAAUCAGGCACUUACUGAUGCACAAGCAUAUGCUAAAAUAGGAUGGGAUACAUAUCAAGUUUUUCAAGAAAAAUUUGAUGCCGAACAAACUCUUACAAAGAAACUCAAAUUAGAAUGUGCAACUAUAACUGAAUCAUAUGAAGUUCGAUUAAAAGAAUUAUCAUCUUCGAGAGCAACGACAGAACAAUUUAAAAUAAAAAAAGAACUUAUUGACUUUGAUUCUCAAAAAGAAUUGAUAGAAAAAUAUGCACAAGAAACUAAAAUACUAAAAGAUAAUCUCGAAAGACUACAAAUUGUUUUAGGUAAAUCUCAAACUGAAGUUACUUUACUUAAUGAAAAAUUAAUUGCAAGUGAACGUCAAUUUGAUAAUCGUCAUAAAGAAUUAAAUAAUCGAUAUUCAAACAUGAAAAAACAAUACGAACAUUUGUUAUCAUAUACUGAAGAAUUUUUUGAAAAAUUAUAUCCACAUAUACAAUUUAAAACAGAAUCAAAAGAAUGUAUUAUAAAUAAAUCGAUUGAAGAAAAUAAUAAUAAAACAAAUGAUUCAGAUAAUGAUAUAUUAGAAAUAAUCAUGGAAGAUGAACCAAAUUGUCAUGUAUUUAAUAUUUUUUCUUGA